GUUAACCUGUCUGGGAGGAGCUGCCAGCGUCAAACACUGUGCUGACGUGAGAGUGUGUUUGAGUGUGUUUGAGAAGAACCAAAGGGAGAGUAGGGACAGAGUGGGAGCCACAGGGUGAGGAAGACAGAGACACAGAAGGAGUAAGAGACAGAGAGAGUGAUUUUUGUGGGAUCUCUGCCUGACCCCUCCACAACCUCCAGGAUGUUUAAGAAAAAGGAAACUAAGGACAGUACGCUCAAGGCCACGAGCAAGACCAGCAAGACCCAGCCCAGCAACUUGGAAUUGCUGAUCACCAAGAUGCAAAAGGAUGCCGACACGGUGGAGAAAGACAUCCUCCGGUCUGAAGAGCUGCUGGCUGUGGACUUUGAAAAUGACAAGAAAGACCUGCCCUUCAAGCACCAGACUGAGAUAUCAGACAAGCUGGGAGAGGCUGAGGAACUUCUGAAGGAUCUCUUCAUAGAUCUCGACAAAGCCAAGAAGUCCAACUACCCACAGGCCAGAGAGAUGGAGAGCGAUGUCAUCCACCUCCAUGAGCGCUGGUUGAAGGACUGCGCCUUCUACCGAGACAUUUACGAGCAGGUUGACGAUGUGUCACUGAUGCCCAGGAUCGACUGGGGGCCUGUUUUAAACCAGAAGCAAAAACUGGUGAACGUGGAGGAAUAUGGCCCCACCAUGGCCGACCUGGAGAAGCAGGUCGCUGCUCACAACAUCCUGCACAAAGAGAUCGAGGCCUACAACUCGCAGCUCUGCGUCAGCUCUGCAGGCAGCAAGGAUAAAUAUGUCGAACUGAAGAAGCAGUACAACAAUCUACUGGACAACUCAAAGUGGCGUCGCCACUACCUAAACAGCCUGUACGAAUACAUGCAAGGCUGCAACAAGGAACUGGCCUUCCUGGGGGAAGAACAAAAUAAGAUCAAAAAGCAGGACUGGAGUGACCGCAUGAUGGACCCACCUGACGUCCGCAGGCAGUAUGAGAACUUUAAGAACAACAGCCUGCUGUCCCAUGAGAGCGAGGUGAACAAACUCCAGGACGAAGGAGAAAGACUUAUUGGACUGAAGCACCCUGCCAAAGACACAAUAGAAGCUAAGAGAGAUGCUGUUCGAAACGAGUGGCAGAAAUUCCUCAAUAUCUGCAUUUGUCAAGAGACACACCUGGACAAUGUGGAGGACUACAAAAGGUACCAAAUGGAGACUGAGCAGCUGUCCGAGAUGCUGACCAAACUCAACAACAGCCUGGACCCCAAAUCCAUUAGCAAGAAGAGCAACUCAGAGACACUGCUGCAGCUCGAGGCCGAGGAGAAGGCUGUUCAGAACAGCGAACAGUUGCUGGCAGACCUGAGGAAACGCAGCACCACCAUCGCUCCUCUGAAGCUACGACGCAACCCCCCCAACAGACCCAUCACAGUGGAGGCCCUGUGUGACUGGGACACAGAUAAGGAUUCUCUGGAAAGGGGCGAGAAGUUCACCCUGAAAUCUAACUCAGAUGAGAACUGGAACGUUACCUCCACUGGUGGGGCAACAAAAACCUUCCCAGGAGUUUGCUUCCAUAUCGCUCCACCUGAUCCAGAGGCCAUUGACAAAGUGGACCUGUUGGGUGGUGAACUGACAGACAUCAAAAAGAGAAGAGCUGCUCUGGUGGCAUCACUAAAGAAUCAAAAAUCCGAGGUCUCCAGGUCCCAACAAUCAGCCCCAGUGUCUUCUGCCCCGCUGGAUCCCAAAGCGGCAGCCCUGGCUCAGCAGCUAGACAAUCUGGACAGUGACCUGGCCAGUGCUGAGAAGAACCUGCUGAGCCGCCUGCGAGCCCCGCUGAGCCGCACCAACCCGGCCGAAGAUCUAGCCAAGAGGCUGAGGGAACAGGAGGAAGCUGCCAGGGCUCUGAAGGCUCUGGAGAAGCAGAAGCUGGCAGCUCAAGCUGACCUGCAGCCCCUGCUGUCCAAAAAUGCCAGCAGUACCUCUUCUGCACUGCCGCUCAAACUGAGUUCUGCCAACAACAAGCAGGACCACAUUGCAGCACUUAGUGACCUCUACACCAAGAAAGCGAAUGCAUCUCUCAGCCUGGAGAGACAGAUUAAGAAAGUGGACGGCCUUGUCUCUGGGUUUGAGAAAAAGCUGAGUGAAGAUGGUUCAAUCCCUGAUGGGCCAAGUGCAAUCCAAGCCCGCGCUGAGGACAUUCAGUACCAGCGAAGGUCUGUGGCAGCCGCUCAGGAUGACAUGAAGAAGCUGAGUCAGGAUCUGGAGACCACAGAGCAGCUGUGCAGUUCUCUGCAGCAGGGCUACCAGGAGUACUGCCCUGACAUCCGGCGCCAGAAAACAGAGGUCAAGCAGCUGCAGACCCGCUAUGGUAACGUAGCCAACCAGCUGAAGGAGAGAGAAAACAUCUUACAAGAAGCUGCAAUCAAGAACCAGGAGUUCCAGAGCACGUCCAAAUCCUUGAAUUCCUUCCUGGACAACCUGCCGCAAAACCAGGUUAACUUCAAAGAUGACCUGUCUCAGAUCACUGCCAGGCAGACCUCCCAAGAGAGAGUGAUGGAUGACCUGAAGAGGAAGGGAGAUGACAUGGACAGAGUGACUGACCUGUCUCAAGACCUGCAGAGUCUACUCAAUGAAUACGAGGCCAAUGUCUACAAAUACAACAGCACACUUGAGGAUGCUGGAGCCACUAUUGCCACAAAACCCUGUAUGCUCACACUGGCUGACGCUGUUCAAAAAGAGGAAAAGAAUCUGGUCAACCGUUACUCUCAAGCAACAGCUGAAAACACCCAACGCCAAAAACAGUUGGGCCUGGCUAAGAAUCUCAUUUCACAAACUGAAGAGAAAGUCGAAAUGGUGGCACAGCAACAAGUGCAGCUUCAAAGCCAGCAAAAGAAUUCUCUUGAGCUAAGCAAUCUUUUAAAAGAGCUGGAUGAAGAAAAGGAGAGGAAAGCUCAUGCCGAGGCAGACCUGAGAACCUUUAAAGAUAGAAUGAUGUCACUGAAGAGUCGCAGAGGAGUGGAGCGCCUUGAGGAGAAAGAAGUACUGCAGUACUACCGCGACCCAAAACUGGAAAGAGAUUUAACUGAUCUGCGGAACACACUGCAUGAAGAGUCCCUGAGGCGUAGCACCAUCCACACUGAGAUUGAGGUGUUUACCAAAAAAAUCACCAUCCUUGAGGAAACCAUCAAAUCCAAUAAACCCAAACUGCUGACCAGAGAGGUGACAGAGUUUGAGAAAGAUCCCCAGCUGGACAUAGAGGCCGCUAAGAUCAGAGACGAGAUAGGAAGGAUGAGAGAUGAAAUUCGAGUGAGAGAUGGGGAACAUAUUCAGAUGAAGACAGAAGUCCAGAUUCUCGCGCAGAAGAGACCAACCAUCAAAGAGAGGGUGGUUAAGAAGGAAGUGCUAAAAGUGGAACAGGACCCGCAGAUGUUGAGAGCAGUGCAAACAUUUGACACAGAAAUUUCUAAGGAGAACAACCAAAUUAAGCUCAUCAAUGAUGAAAUCUUCCAGACAAGGAGCCAGAUUAAUGCACUUGAGCGAUUGAUUCCAAACAUUAAGCCUAAGAUCAUCACUAAAGAAGUGAAAAAGAUUGAACAAGACCCUGACCUCAUCUCUGACUCUAAGAGGAUUCGAACAAGCAUAGAGGAAGAGAGGAUUGAAAACAACUCUUUGUCCAAAGAGGUGAUGGAGCUCCACAGCCGCUACCAAGAAGUUCAAAGCUGGAAAUCAAAAAUUGAGGUGAAGGAAAUUGUUAAUGAGAUAUACCGGAUAGACCCGAGCACAGAGGUGGAGAUAAUGCGGCUCAGGAAAGACAUACAAGACACCAACAAGCAUCGCUCUGAUCUAGAGAGGGAGAUCACCCAGGUAACGACUAAUGUGAAUAUUAUUCGUUCUGAGAAGCCAAAGGUAGAGAUAAAAGAAGUUUUACAAGAAGUGGUUAAGGAGGAAAGAAGCCCUGAAAAUCAGAGAGAGAUUCAGAGGCUAAAUGAUCAGGUGAACCAUUUACACACAACUUACAACUCCCUCCUAGACCAGGUGAGUCUGCUCAGGAGAGAAAGAGAUGAAUGGAAGACUGAAAAGUCCAAGAUUGAGACGAAAGUCAUCACCAGAGAAGUCAUCAAGUAUGAACCUGAUCCUCUGCUGGAGAAAGAGGCUGAUCGCUUGAGAAGAGAUGUGCGGGAGGGGGCACAGCUGCGGCGCAGCAUUGAGGAGAUGGUUUUUGAUCUGCAAAACAAAUACAUCCUGUUGGAGAGACAGAAGCCUGAGGAGAAAGUGGUUGUGAAGGAGAUUUUGCGUUUAGAGAAGGACCCAAGGCAGAUGGUUGAGCAUGAUAGGCUCAGCAGGAAACUAGAUGAGGAAGUGCAGUCCCGCCGUCAGGUAGACCUAGAGUUGCAGCAGCUAAGAACAAAGGUGGAAGAGCUAGAGAGGAUCCUCAGAGAGAGUGAUGAGCGCCAAAAGAGGAUUCAAGCCGAAUUUGAACUCGGAGAGAUCCGCCAUCGCAUCACACAGCUGGAAAAUGCCCCACCCCCUGUUGAGGAAAGUAUUAUUGUCGAGGAGGUGCUGAAGGUUGAAAGAGACCCAAAACUGGAGAGGAUGACAAACAGUCUUCGGUCAGACUUGGACAAGGAAACCAGCGAUAUGCUGCGUCUCCAGAGAGACAUCCGUAACAUCACCCUAAAGAUUGAGAUCCUGCAGAGGGAGAAGUCUGGUGAGAGGACAGUGUACAAAGAGGUUGUCCGUGUCGAGAAAGACCAGGCCGUUGAAGCCGAGAGAGAUCAUCUGAGGGAACAGGUGUCUCAGCAUAAAUUUACCAGACAAGACCUGGAAGAUGAAAUCAGACGUCUCAAUGAUAAAAUCAACCUUCUCAUGGGCAGCAAAUCCAGCUCUUCAAGAGAAGAAACUUCCCUUACUUUGAAAAGAGAUGCCUUACAGAGGGAGAAUGAGAACCUCACUCGGGAGCUCAGGACAUUCGAGGCCUCGAGACACGACAUCAGCCUGUCUUUCCAGCAGCAGAGCAGGCUAAUGAGUGAGAGAACACAGAUGAGCAAGCAGAUGAGCCUUAAAAUGGAGUCUGGCACUCAGCGCCUGGAGAGGGAGAUCCUGGAUGAAAAAGACAAGAUCCAUCAACGAGACAGCAUCAUCCGGGAGCUUCUGGCGAAUGUGCAGAAAGAGGAGCAGGCAGAGACGAGGACCAAAGAGACCAACGUCUCCACCAAAAUCACCAUUCUGGAUCCAGAAACAGGCAAAGACAUGUCCCCUUAUAAUGCUUACCUGCAGGGCCUGAUUGAUCGUCAACAGUACAUUCAUCUGCAGGAGCUGGAGUGUGACUGGGAGGAAAUUACUUCCCUUGGACCAGAUGGGGAGACUUCUUUACUGCAGGAUCGCAAGAGUGGAAAGCAGUACUCCAUCAAAGAAGCCCUGAAGCAAGGCCGGCUGACGGAGAAUGAUCUACAACAGUACAAAAAAGGCAAAAUUCCCAUCUCAGAGUUUGCCUUGCUGGUUGCGGGUGACAAUAACAAGCCCCAGUUAAACUCAAUCAUCCCCAAGUCCACCACCACACAAAUGAAAACAGCCCCCUUAGACCACUCCACUGCUCAAGAAAUCUACCCUGUUGCUGGAAUAAUGGAUACAAACACUGACACCUGCUUUACAAUACGCAGCGCCACCAUGCGUAAACUGAUCGACCCCACCACGGCCCAAAAACUUCUGGAGGCUCAGGCAUCAACAGGCGGCAUCAUUGACAUCAGCAACAAUCAGAGAUACACAGUUCACAAGGCAGCAACCAGGGGCCUCAUUGAGGACAGUCAACUCCAGAGACUACUCAAUGCACAAAAGGCCUUCACUGGCGUUGAAGACCCCAUGACCAAAGAGUGUUUGUCUGUGGGAGAAGCUGUUCAGAAAGGCUGGAUGCCAAAGGACACUGCCGCUCGCUACAUGGAGGCACAGCAUCUGACGGGAGGGCUUGUCAAUCCCAAAACCGGCCGCAGAGUGAACAUCUUUGAUGCCAUUGGGGCCAAAAUGAUCGAUAGCACAAUGAUGAGGGAGCUGCAGGCCGAGACAACCUACAUUAAGGAUAUUGUAGACCCGAUCACAAAGGAGAAGAUCAGCUACAAACAAGCUCUGGAUCGCUGUAAGAAAGACCCAAUAUCAGGCUUACCGAUGCUGCCUUCCUCCUCCAAAGAGUCUGGUUACAACUCUACUGCAAGAUAUGCCAAAUUCUAGAUAUGUUUACAACAUAGUUGGAGUUAUCUGUUCUGUGGAGUGAUGUGGGUGGUAAAAUUACUAUAACUGUACUAUUAAUUAUUGGGAAAUCCAUACAUUAAUUACAAUGUACAUUUUGACUCAGGAAAAGUCUUCUACUGCAAUGCUUGUCUAGCCAAAAUGAUUGCUGCUGUGUUGCCUUUGUUUACCAAACGUGCCUGAGGUGGCAUAUGCUUUUUUGAUUUCAUUUUAAAACAGAGAAUAUAAAUGCAGUGUAUCUUUAAUAUUAUUGUGUCAUUAGGGAAAUUGGGACAUGGUGCAAUGCUAUUUACAAAAGUGAAUUUGAUUCUGUAUUACUCGUAGGCUAUCCUUGACACUGUUGACUGUAAACUCAAUUUUGUUUGAUACUUUAUGAAGAAUUAAAUAUCAAUAAAUUUAAAUUAUAAUGGUCAAAGAGAGUGGCCUUCCUCCCUUUUUAAUGGAAGCUUACCAUUGUAUUCACCUGUCCAGUCCGAAGUGUGUCAGGAGAUAGGUUGUUUUCCUCAACUGAUAUUAAAUGACAAAUAAUGGGCAACACUCCACCCAGAGUACACAAGCAUGCUGGUUGGAAAUAUAAUCUAUAGAUAUUUUCAA